UGAUCCAACCUGUUUUAUGCAUUUUAGGAAAUGUGUAAUUUUAAUUUGGACAAAUCUAAUCAAAAGAGUUUAUGGAAGUGCCAGAAGAAAGAGAUCGUAUCAGUGAACUAAAAAAUGAACGAAUUGCUUUGCAGAAGAAAACAUUUACAAAAUGGGUUAAUGCUUUUUUAGAAAAAAGUGGCAAUGGAAUUGAAAAUAUUUUCAGAGACUUUAAUGAUGGCAGACUGCUCAUCAAAUUGCUGGAAAAUAUAUCUGGUGAAAAAAUCGGAAUUGUAUCAAGGGGAAAUCAGCGAAUACACAAACUAGAAAAUGUUUCAAGGGUGUUGGAAUAUCUCACUAAGUCAAUUAAGUUGGAAAGUAUUGGUGCAGAAGAUGUUGUUGAUGGUAAAGAAGAGUUGAUCCUUGGUUUGCUUUGGACAAUUAUAUUGCGAUUUUCAAUUUCUGAUGUUAAGGAUGAGUCAGCAGAUGCACGUUCUGUGAAGGAUGCAUUGUUAAUGUGGUGUCAAAGGCAAACUAAAGGUUACCCUGGUGUCGACAUUCGGAAUUUUACAACAAGUUGGAAGAAUGGUUUGGCAUUUAACGCAAUUAUACAUAAACACAGGCCUGACUUAUUUGAUUUCAACAAACUACAAGGGAAUCCAAAUCUUGUCAGUCUUGCCCAUGCCUUUAAUGUUGCAAAGGAUUCGCUUGGUAUUGCGAAGCUAUUGGAUCCCGAAGAUGUUGAUGUACCGAGACCCGAUGAAAAAUCCAUCAUGAUGUACGUAGGAACAAUGUAUCAAUAUUUUAGUAAGAUGAAGCAUGAAGAAACUGGGGGAAAAAGAUUAAACAAGCUUGUCAUUGAUCUCAUAAACAUUGAUAAACUGAAGGAAGAAUAUUUAUCAUCAAUAAAAGAUUUAAUAGCAUGGUGCGUUAAAACAACAGCUAUGCUAAAAGCUGCUAUAUCGAAAAUGCCAAGAGAAUUACGAAAACAAAUGGAGGCCUUCAGAAAAUUUCGUGCUGUUGAAAAACAAGAAAGAACCACAGAGCGAUUAAAUGUCGAAAUUCAAUUCUUUGACAUUCAAACACGACUUGUCAGUAACAAGUAUAAACCCUUUGUUCCUCCAAAGGGUUGUAUGUUGUCUGAUUUAAGUGACGUUUGGAAGCAUGUGGAGAAAGCAGAACAUGAGAGAGAAUUGCGUUUAAAAGACGAACUAAUGAGACAAGAAAGACUUGCGACUGUUUUAAAAACUUUUAAUAUCAAGGCAAGGUUACGUGAGAACUGGUUAAAGGAAAUGAAUGUAAUGCUGGAUAAUGAAAGCAACAUACAGGAGAUAGCAUCAAAGGAUGUUGUUGCAACGUUAAAAAAAUACCAUGCUAUUGAGACUGAUAUCAAAGCUAGGGAAUCUCAUUUUGUUAUUUUGUCUAAUUUAUUGAAUGAAUUGCUGGAUUCACAAUGUCACAAUAUGAGCUCAAUACAAGCCAGAAAAGAAAGGAUAGUAUCAGAUUGGCGCAAACUUUUGCAAAAGGUUUCUGCUCGCAAAAAGACUCUCACAACAAUGCAGAAAAUAGCUACACAACUUCAAGAUAUUCAAGACUUAGAAAUGGCAUUUCAGCAUCUAGAGUCUUUGGAUUCUACAAAUUAUGGAAGCAAUUUACUGGAAGUGGAAGAAAUAAUUCAGGUUCACCAUCUUACAGUGUUGCAGCUUCAGAACAAAAAAAAUGAACUGGAUGAAAUAAAAAGGAGAGUUAAUGGUUCAUUAAAAUCUAGCACCACAGUGCAAGAAAAGCAGAUCCAUCAGAAAGUUAGUGAACUUACCAUAUUAGCUGAGACAUUAUUUCGAAGUGCUGAGAACAGGGAAGAGAAGCUAAACAUUCAAAAAAGAUUGCUUGACUUUCUACAACAAGUCAAUGAAAAGAAAGAGCUGCUUCAUGAAAAGAUACAACUUGCUUCCCUGAAAGAUGUGGGGAAUGAUCCAGUAGCUCUUUCAAAAUACGAAGGAAGGCAUCAGCAACUAAUUGCUGAAGUGAUGGCAUGUGAACAGCAUUGCAAAGAGUUGUUUCAAAGGUGGCAAUCGAUAUCCACAUUGUCAUGUGCUACUACUAAUAUAGAAGCGAAUGUUAAAGAACUGGAAGUUUGUUUAGACACUGCUAAGGAGAUGGUUGAUAGGAGAAGCCAACAAUUAUCACAGGCUACUUUAUCAAUACAGUACUAUGCCAAUGCUGACUAUGCUGAAUCGUGGCUAAAAGAGAAACUGGAAGCUAUAUCAUACACCGAAGGAUGCAAAGAUAAAAAUGGGUCACAGUACAUGCUCAAGAGACACAUUAUGAUGGAAAAUGAAAUUAAUGCCUUUCAACAAGAGAUCAACAUGUUGCAAUGCCAGUGUCAAAAGGUUGAGCAAUCAGAAACGAACAAUGAAAACAAGACAGAGAAUAAAGAAAGCAAUAAAUUUCUUACAUUAAAUAGCGAAAAGUCAAAGCGAAAACUAACUGCUCAUUUUGAUAAAGAAAACGUGGCAAACCAACAAUUGAAAGUUUUAACUCUUUAUAAGAAAUUAUGCCAGAGCUGUAAAGCUAAAUCCGAACUGCUUAACGAUUCUAUCUCUUUCUAUGAAUUUAAAGAACUGUACGAUGAAUAUGUUUCAAUCUCAAAAGAAGUAUUGUCAACGAUAAGUGAGGCAAAUUUCCAGUUAAUGGAUGCUCAAGUUGUGGAGAAAAAAUUACAAGGCUUUCGUGAGGGGUGGAAGUUAAGUGACAAUCUUUUAAAACAGCUCAGAGAGAAAUAUAAUCUUUUAGUGGAAGGUAAACAUGCGCAAUCAAAAUCUCUCUUGGAAAUGUUAGAAAAAGCUGGGAAUUUUGCAAAAGAUAUAAAUAUUGCAUUAAACAUACUGGAAAAAGACACCGUCAAAUUACAUGGAGUUAGCACGUUCAAAGGCAAAUGUGAAAACCUUAUCUUCUGGAUUAAAGAAAAACAAAAACAAAUGUUGAAACCAUCAGACUUGUCAAAUGUUUCUAUCAUUUGUAAUGCCUUGAAACAACUAAAAACAACUGAAACAGAAUUGAAAGUCAUUGCCUCAAAGAAGAAUGAACUUGAGAAGGAUUAUGAUACGCUGUUGGAUGUUUACAAUAAUUUGUUACCUGAAACCGCAUCUGCAUUAAAACAUAAAGUUGACAACGCUUUUAAUUCGGUGUCUAAAAGUUUAAAGCAAACUUCUGAGACACUGAAUAAAGCAUAUGGUGUACGAGGUCUUGAGUUUGACGCAAGAGAUAUUAUUACCACAUGCAGGGAGAAGGAACUUAUCUUUGCUUCCAAUUUGCAUGCUGAUACUCUACAGGUAGUAGAAGGUUACAUGGAAACUCAUGAAAAGGAGAAAGAAAACAUUACUGCAUUAACAGACAACUUGGUAGACCUAAUACAACGUGGCAAGCAGUUAAUGAGUAGUGGUAUUUCUGAUGUUGCAGAGACAGUUAGUGAACUUACAAAACAUAAUGUUAAAAUAAACCAAUUGUUUUCUGAUCGUUGUGAGUUUUUAAAGCAGCGUAAAAGGUUGUUGCAAAUUGAGAAAGAUUUGAAUAUCACAAAAAACAAAAUUGUACAUUUUAACAUUCUCCUGAAUCAAAUUAAUGCUGAAAAAGAUAACUUUGCGACAACAGCUAUAUCCCUUCAGAACAAACACAAAGAUUUAAUUUUGAAACUAAAUGCUGAAACUGAAAGGUUGAAGGUGAUAUAUUCUGAUAACAAGAAACUAAUUGAUAUGAAUCAAGACCUUGCUAGUAAUUUUGGACAGGUCAAAGAACUUUGCAUGACUACAACUGAAAUAUCUAGAUCAUUGGAGAAGGAUUUGGUUGAAUUGCAGAAUUACCAAAACUUCCAACAAGAUAGUAAAGAAUUAUUAGAAUGGGUAGACCAGAAACUAGGUUUGCUUAGUGAACACAAUUGCUUGGACAAAAAAUCGAUCAAACGUAAAUUAAUAGAACAAGGAAAUAUGCAAUCUGAAAUUACAGUGCACAACACAGCAAAGAGGAGGUUAGAAGAAAUUGGAAGUUUGUAUAUUGAAGAUUGUCAUUUUGCAUCAGAAAAUAUUAUAGAUUUAUUAGAUGAGUUAGACACGAAGUGGUUUCAGUUAAAGAAUGAAAGUGAUGAGAAAACCAAACAAUUAACCAAUGCUUUGAUGGAAAAAAAUAUUGGAAGCACUUUGCAUGAAAUUAACACCUGGAUGGACAACACAUCUAAAAAUUUGGCUUCAACGCCUGCUGCAGAUGAUUUGCGUAUUGCAAAAGUACAAUUGGUUAAAAACCAAAACAUUUUAUCAGAGCUUAAAGAAAAAAAGAAAAACUUAAAACUUAUCCUAAAUGAUAUAAGUACUCUUCAAAAAUUAAGAUCCUCAAAUGCAGAUCAACUUUUCGAAGAAACAGUAAGGUUGCAAAAUAAAUUGAAAACAUUGCGGAAAUCUUGUAAAGAUUCUGAAAAUCAAGCUUGCAGUAAUGUUGUUUAUCAGCAAUUUGUUCUUAAAAUUAGAAUGGAAAAAUUAUGGAUUGCAGAUCAGUUUAAUAUGUUGGCAACCAUAAAGGAUCCAGUAAAUGUUAUUUCAGCAAGAAGCAUGUAUAAAUCUGUAGAAAUGUUAAAAAAUCAAUUAUUAAAACAUCGCACAAUCUAUUUGAAUGUUCUGAAAUCUGGACAAGAAUACAGUAAUAAUGAUCCUGUAAAUACUGAAAAGAUUCUAGAAAUGUGUCAAUCACUAAAAGCUGAAUGGACUAAAUUAGAAGGUGAAAUGUCAACAAAAAGUUGUCAAGUUUUAUCAAACAUAGAUAUUUUUCAAUUUCUGAAUGAUUCGGAUGAGUAUCUUGAAUGGAUAGCAACAGAAACAGAACUUGUAUCACAAAGAAAUUUUGGAAGAGAUGUUUCCUCUGCUGAAAGACUGCUGAAAAGGCAUGACAUUCUUAUAGCAGACAUUCAGAAUUAUAAAAGGAACAUUAAGCGUUUUUUCCAAACUUCACGUGGACUAAAUCAAACGGAGUCUGUCAUACAACAGUCUAAAUUGAUUAAAAGCAAAUUUAAUACCCUGCAAAAUAUAGCAGAUGCUCGUAAAAAGCAUCUUGAAGAUUCAUAUAGUUUGUUUCAGCUGUACUACGAGGCUGAAAAUUUAAAACAACUUAUAGUUGAUAUUAACCAAAAUGUUUUGAGUGAUGAAUACGGCGAAAAUUUUGAACAAGUCACACGUUUGCUUGAAGUAUUUAACCAGUCAUGUGUUGCCCAUACAACAGGACAGGAAAUGCUUCGAAAUGUUAUUCAACUUGGUAAUACCCUGAUUGAAGGGGGUCAUUCUCAUCAUGCUGCGAUUGAAAAUUUGACCAAAAAAAUUAAAUCAAUGUGGAAACAUUUAGAUAGCAAAAUCAAGCAGCGAAAAAAGAAACUCCAAAAGGCUGAGCGUUUUCACGGAUUUAACUUCAAGGUGUCAAACCUUGCGGUAAGAUUAAACGAACAGCUGCAGCAGCUAUUGUACAUGCAGGAAUGUGUUGUUGGAAAUACAGAUACCUCUAACCUUAAGGAUAACUUACAUAAAGUUGAUCUCUUAUCUCAAAAUGAGACCGUCUUUACUGAAGAAGUCACAAAACUUAAUUUAGUAUGUUCGGACUUACAGGAGGAGUAUCCUGGUGCGACUUCUCAGAAGCUUUCGGAGCAUGUAGAAUCAUUAAAAAAUCUGUUAAAAAAGGUCAUCAAUACAUCAGCCGGCAUUAAGAAGUAUCUUCUCCAGAAAAUGGAUAAAGUUUAUUUUACCAAUGAAUUAAAAGAUUUAAACAAUUGGUGGCAAUCCCUUGAGCAAAAAGUAAAUGCAAAUCUUGAGAAUGCGACUGAUUUUGAUAGUACAAAUGACAGUAUGUCAGAAUUGGUGAGUUUGACCAAUGAACUUGCCAUUAAGAAGCGAAAGUGCACUGAGCUUGAUGGGAUGUUGGUAGAGUUAAAAAUUAAUUCUAAAACGGUGAAGCAACUUCAAGAGCAAUUUGAGUUGUUGAGCAAAAACCUCAAAGGUGAAGAAGCAUUACUUGAGGAUGUUCAAAACAUAAUCAAGACCAGGCAGAAAUAUUUUUUAUUUGUAAAACAAGUCAAAAACUUGAGAAGAUCAUUAACGACAUUACAAGAACGUGUUGAAAAAGCACCAAAUGAUGCAGAGGACUUCCACUUGUUGUUGAUGAAACAUUCAGAAAGAAAACGUUUAUUCGCCUUAAUUCUAAACAAGUACAAGAACUUGCUCGCUUCCAGUGAAAACUUGAAAACUGGUGGAAAUGUAUUUGUGAAAGAAGUACAAGAUCAUCUACGCAGUCUUUCAGGGGACAUCUCCAGUCUUCAAAGUAUAUUCGAUGACCAAGAAAUUGUAAUAGAGAAAAAGCAACAUUUAAAAAAGUUUGAUGAAGAUUUCUCUGAGAUUAAGUCAUGGCUAAAGGAGAAGAUUGACUUUUUGAAAUUGCACAACGUAGAAGAAUGUGAUGUUGAAUUGUCUAUGAAAAAGCACAAGACAAUGGUUACAGAGAUGAAUGCUAAAAAACCUUUUAUUCUUAAUUUCAAAAGCAUUGCUCAAGAUUUAAUAGUGAAAUAUGGUAAACACCAAAGUGUGGUGAAUAAAUCAAGCAAUGUCUCUAGCGAGUGGGACAAUCUUGUCAUAUUAGCUGGUAAACGCGAAGAAGAUUUAAGAGAUCGUCUUUUGCUUGUCGAGUUUCAGAAAAGCUGCAAUGUGGUACAAUCAUAUCUGAAUGAGAAGAAAAACAUCAUUGAAAUUGCUCAUGAUGGAGAAAAUAGUGAAGAUAGCUGCAAAACUAACCUGUGCAAGACUGAGCAUGCUUUGAGAAAUUUAACGUUUGAUAGAGGACGAAUCGAUUUACUGUGCUGUAAUGCGAGUGAUUUAACAGCGAAAUAUCCCCAUCUCACUGAACGUAUUAAUCCAAAAUUGAGAAAGGUUGUGGAUACUUGCACAGUUAUAUCAUCCAAGCUGGAGUCAAAACAGAUUGCUCUUCAAAAAGAAACGAACUAUCAUUCUUUCAUGAAGGACAGUAGAAAACUAGAACAACAUCUCACUGAAAAGUUGCAGCAUAUUUCAACACAUUCAUACGCUAACAACCUAAAUGACAUUCAAGUUCUGUUAAAAGAACAAAAUCUUCUCGAAGUUAAUUUGAGAGAACUGAAAACAUCUUGGGAAAAUAUAAAUCAACUUCGACUUAAUAUAAGCACAGAUAGAGAAAGCGAUAUUGUGAGUAGAGUUCGAUCUGUUGAUGAGAAGUUGCUAUCUUUAACAGAGAAGAUAAAGAAAAGAAAGCAACAACUGGACGCUCAAUACCGACUUCACAAUUUUUUGUAUGAUGUGGAAAAGCUUUGCGAGUGGAUAGUAACAACAAAACAGAAAAUUGCAGACGAUUCUACUGUACCCUCAGGCGAUCAUAUUGAGAAUGCCUUACAACAAAAUGCAGAAAUCUGUAUUGAAUUAAAAAUCAAGAAAGCCGAUUUUUCGAAAUUGAGUGAAGUCGGAAGUGGUUUGAUUGCAGACGGACAUUUGUCAUCUGUUGAAGUGGAUUCGCGACUGCAUGAUAUAAAAAAUGGAUUUACAGAGAUAGAUUUGCUUUUAAAAGAGAAGGACUUGACAUUAAACAAAGCAGCAAUUUUACAAAAUUAUCAUAAAAAAUGUCUGCAAGUGACAUUCUGGCUGGACAGGAACACCAAACACCAAGAUACCAUCAACACAGAACCAGGCUCAUUAGAAGAAGCCAAUAUGCAACAUCUCCAGUUGUCAGCUAUAGAUGCAGGCCUGUCAAAACAGAAGGAAACCAUUGCAGAGAUACGAGGACUUGUCACUACUUACGAAGGUGAUGACAGAAUUAGUGACGCUGAAGGCGUAUUGAAGAUGUGCAUGAAUUUGACUGAUAAAAUCGACGCUAUAGCAGAUUCAAAUACGACAAAAAGAAACAUGAUAAAUCAAAUGGUGUCAAAGAUGGAAUUGGUAAAAGAUAUAAAUGAGGCUAUUCGUUGGAUGGAUCAACAAGGACAAUGUCUCAACGUGCCAAUCAUUUAUCAAAAGUUAGAAGAGGAAAAGAAAGCAUUUUCACGACUGGACGCAAAGCUUAAAGGUUACAAGAACGUUGUAUCUGAUAUAAAUGAGAAGUUUAAAAACGUUGAUACUUCAUCAAGUGAGAGCGAUUUGCUCAACAAAAUGAACAAAAGUUGGUCGGAUAUCCUGGAAAAAAGUGAACGUGUUAAUCGUGGAAUACAGUUGAAAACACAGAGAGAUGUAAUCACAAAAGAAAUUGAUGAGUUAAAGACGUGUGCCGAAAAAAAUUUGCGAUCUCUUUUAUCCAUCACAAUAUGUAAGAACGCCAAAGAACUUUCUACAAUGAAAGAAUUGUUAAGUGAUGUCCAGGCUAGCCUCGUAGCGUACCGCGAUAGCCUUAAAGGAUUGGAGCACAGUACAAAACAAAUCGAUCUUCAGAAUGAAUUUGAUCAUGAUAUCGCGUGGUUAAACAAAAGCCUCACAAAAAUGUCACAGGAUUGUGAAGAAAAAGCAAAGGAGCAGCGCAACACGCAACUUUACUUAGAAUUGUGCAGUAGAAUUGAUGAAUCUCGUACUUGGUUGCAAGACAGAAAAGCAGUGAUUAAAAACGAAUCUGUUGGGGAUGGUUUUUCUGCUGCUAACAAAAUGGUUAUUCGACUUGACUUUAUCUCUUCUGAAUUUGAAAACCAAAAACAAUAUCGAGAUGAACUAGAAGUUAUGUUUCAACAGCUCAAAUCAAGUAGUGAUAUGUUUAAUGAAGAGAUUGUUCCUCUCAUGCAACAGCAUCAAAAUGAGGUUGGGCAGUUUGAGAAUAACUUACACCGACGUAGAAAGGUGUUAAUAGAAGCAUGUGAUAUUUUCAAGUUCAUGGAGAAGCAGGAAGAUCUACGCGUCACGCUUCAAGAACGCUACAGUUUAUUAAAAGGCACAACGGCGAAGGGACAUAAUGAAGACUCUACAGAAACUCUCCUUCGUCGUAAUGAGAGCAUACAAAUUGAAGUGGAAGGUUGCAAAGCUUCGUUAGAGAACACGAACAAAGAGAUGGAAAACAUAAAGAAGUAUGGUGCGUACUCCAGAUAUGGUGUUACGAUUGAAACGCUUCAGGUCUCUUUGCAGCAGUUAUACGAAGAAGUCAAUUCGCUAGUUCGUAAGAGACACAGAACGCUUCAAGAUGCGCUAAAGUUCUUCCGUUUUAAAUCUGAACUCAAGUAUUUGGAUAAGUGGAUUCAAAAUCAAAUUGAUAAAAUAAAAAUUGAUGGAGUUGGGGAAGACUUGCAGGAAUGUGAAACGUUGUUAAAGUCUACUGAGGAGCUUGCUAGAAAUAUGGUAUUGAAAGAAGAAAGGGUGGCUUCUUUUGGCAGGCUUUCAAAAGAAAUUACAAAGCAAAACCCAGCAAUGUCGAAGCAACUUGUGAACAACACAAAAAAUGUGUACGAAAUGUGGAAUGAUGUAAAAGAACUCCUUCAACAGCGUCUUGAAAAACUAGAGUCUGGAUGUAAAGUUCAUGAUUUGCGUGACCGAACUAGUGAUGUUAUUUCAUGGGUUCAGGUUUGUCAACAAAACCUGGACGAAAUUGUUGUUAAGCCGGAUUUUAAAAAGAUUAAUGAGUGGAGAAGAAAACACGUGGAUGUCCAGAAUGACGCACAUGCUAUCAGUUGUCUUGUGAGUAGUAUCCAAAACGAUGAAAAUCUACUCACACCGUCCGAAGUUGAGUUGUUGAGAGAUCUGGCAUGUGGUAGCAAGCGUGAAAUGAAAGAAGAACAUUUGCUAUUGAUGGACAAGCUGAGAAACGUGGCACGAAGUAUUACCGAAGUUGAAAACGUGAACAAGCUUGUUGAAGAAUCAAAUGAGUUGAUCAAUUGGUUUAAUAUGUUGCAUUUGCACGCAGAGCAAGAAAUAUCAAACAUCACGAUCUCAUUGGUUGAGCCAUCUGCUGCCAGCUUCGAAUAUCAAACCAAUUACAACGAGUUUAGAUCUCGUGAAGGAUAUUUUAAGCAACUCAUUGGUCGAGCAGAAGCGAUAUUGUCGUCGUGUUCUAUUUGCUACGAGUUGGUGCAUGAUGAAAAAUUAAAGUUGACGGAAAGCUGGGAUAGAUUGGUUUCGAUAAUGAAAAAAUGGGAAUUGCAAGUUUUGGAAUUUUGCGAUGUCACAAGCGUGCUGAAAGAUUUCGCUCAAAUUGAAGAUUGGAUUGCGAACGAGGAAAAAAUGUUUUUGUCCGAGCCAAUAACAGACACAAGCGACUUGGAUGAUGUUUUGAAAAAACAUGAACAAUUAGAACAUACACUGGCUAUCCAAGAUGAAAAAGUGAACAGGGCUUGCCUAAAGUUUGAAGCGUUUAAACGAAAGCCUUUGGACGAAAAGACCUGCAGUGAUACUGAAAGUAAAGAGAUAAACAAACUGUGUGACAAAGAGUUUUUUGGAACGGUGGGAAACACUACACUUCUUAGAAAUUUGGACAUAAAUCAAAAUUUUCUAGAUAAAGAAGACGUGACUCCUGCAGUUUUGUUUGGAGUCGAGACUAACUCUCUAAAGUCCGUGAACGAAACUUACACGAAGCAAUUGGUUGGCGUCCUUAAGAAAACACCAUCAAAACGAUCAAAUCAAAAAAAAAGUGUUUCGUUCAGUCAACAGCACGAGUACUCUGAUGGUUGCGGAACGGUUCAAAUAUUUGAUGGACUAAACGACGAGGAGGAGGAGAACAUCGAUGAAUUUCAUAGUGGUGAUGAUUUUUUCGAUGAUGAUGAUAAACUCGACUUUCCAGCACCACCUGCUGAUUUCUCCUCUACGAUGGAGAAUAACAUACCUGAAGUUGAUAUAGCUUUUGAAGAUGAUGAAGAUUCAGACUCUAUGGAUGAUAUGGAGGCGUACAGCGACGAUAAUUCUUCGUCGAUAUCUCCACCGCCUGUGUUGCCUGGAAAUGACUCAUUGUCGGAUGAAAGCGAAGAAGUUUAAUUUAAGCAGCGAUCGUAUUUGUAAAUACCCUUAUGAGGAUGUUGUUUGUACAUUUGGAGCUUGACAAUACCUUUUUUAACUCUUUUCCUAAAUUAUUUAUAAACUAAGGUUCUGCUGAAAAUUUUUAAUUCCACGCUAGUUGUUUAUAUGUUAAAGAUUAGGGAUUUUAAAAAAAUUUUCUCGAAACACAGAGCGACAGAAAUUUAACAUUUCACAUUUCUUGAAUUUGUGAACUCGCACGAAUAAUUAAAAAAGUGCGUACACAGAUUCGAUUUAUCAUGUAUAAAAUUAACCUUUGUUUUGGUGUUACGAUAAUAUGGUAUUCUGGUCUGUAACUGGCAAAGUGGAUGUGUUCUUUUUUCUUUAAAAAAUUGAAGAAAAAAAUUUAAGCUUCUUGUUAGUUCCAAAACUUUGCCUCUUCAUAAGUGGCUUCUUUCUCAGGUCUUGCAAAUAUGUUUGGCAACCUCAUAUCGUUUCGUUAAGCGGUUUCCUAAACAUACUAAACAGGGUUGGCACAGGAAACUAGAAAUCAUGUAAAGAAUAAACAUUAAAAGCCUUGUUUUUUUCUUGGACAAGGAAUUUUUCUAAAGUCUACCUUACUUGGAAAAUGUUUUAAGUGUCCUUUGGCCACUGUUCCGUUAGCUAUUUUUUAGAUUGUAUUUUUUAAAAGGAUGUAGCAUUUUAUGUAUUAUUUGGUGUAAUGUAUAUAUUUUGAUAUGGAUUUUUUUUUAAUUUGAAUUCUAACAGCAUUGUAUUUUAAUAAGAUACUAAUAUAUUCUCAUAUAUUUUAAUAUAUUUUAACGAAGGAGAUCUAUCAAAUCAAUCGAAUUGAAUUUUUAUAUAUUUUUUUCUCUUUGUGUACUCACUGAAUUUGUGAUAAAAGACCUGGGGCGUGGAUUAUUAUUUUGGAAAAAUGGUUUAUUGUUGAACCGUGACCGAGAAAUAUUUAUUUGUUCACACAAUCCCUACUGGUUAAUUAUAGUGAAAUUUAUAGCAGAGAAAAACUUUCAAAAAUCGGAUCCUUUAAAAAGUUAAAGAAUAUUUAACCAA